AUGGACGGCGGCGGCGGCGACGGCGGGAGGAGCAGGGAGCUGGAGAGGCUGCGGGCGGAGAGGGACGAGCUAGACGCCCGCAUACGGCUGCUAGAGUCGGAGCUCGAGGCCGGCUCCGCCGCUCCGGUCUCACCCGGGGCGGGGGUGGGAGACGGCGGGUGCGUCGGCGGUGGCGGUGCGUGCCAGGCGCGCCCUGGGCUCGCGGAUGCCGAUUCCCUCCCGGCCGACAUGAUCUACCGGUACAGCCGCCACCUCCUCCUCCCGGACUUCGGGGUCGAAGGCCAGAAGAAGCUCUCCCGGUCAUCGAUUCUGGUGGUCGGCGCCGGGGGACUGGGCUCGCCCGUGGCGCUGUAUCUAGCAGCUUGCGGUGUUGGGGUCUUGGGCAUUGUCGAUGGUGAUGAUGUUGAGCUUAACAACCUUCAUCGACAGAUAAUCCACCAAGAAGCUUACAUUGGAAGAUCGAAAGUGAAGUCAGCAGCUGAUACUUGCCGUGCGAUUAAUUCGUCUAUUAAGGUGGUAGAACAUCAUCAUACUUUGAAGCCAAGCAACGCUUUGGAGGUUGUGAGGAAAUAUGAUAUAGUUGUUGAUGCAACUGACAACCUUCCUACGCGGUACAUGAUCAGUGAUUGUUGUGUAUUGCUAAACAAGCCUCUUAUAUCUGGUGCAGCAUUAGGUUUAGAAGGACAGUUGACUGUUUAUCAUCAUAACGGAAGCCCAUGCUACCGGUGUCUUUUCCCAAAUCCACCACCAGUGGCAGCUUGCCAGAGAUGCUCAGACAGCGGCGUUCUUGGGGUUGUUCCGGGAGUGAUUGGCUGCCUGCAAGCCCUAGAGGCUAUAAAGGUUGCAAGUGAUGUUGGUGAACCUCUAAGUGGAAGAAUGCUGCUCUUUGACGCUCUAUCUGCUCGUAUUCGAAUUGUUAAGAUUCGAGGAAGCUCGCCUACUUGUACCAUUUGUGCAGAAAAUUCAGUUUUCACGCAAGAAGAUUUUCAGAAGUUUGAUUAUGAGACCUUCACACAAUCCCCAAUGUCUGACAAGACGGCACCGAGCCUGAACCUGCUACCAGAAAGUGCCCGCAUCACUUGUACAGAGUACAAAGGGCUGAUCGACAAGGGGGAACCUCACGUGCUGUUGGAUGUACGGCCUGCUCAUCAUUUCCAAAUAGUUUCACUUUCCCGGUCUCUGAACAUACCACUCUCCGUUCUGGAGGAGAAGCUGCCUAUGCUCGAGACCUCAAUGAAGGAAACUAUGGAUGCCUCCGCCACCUCAGAUAAACAGCCUUCCUUGUACGUUGUCUGCAGAAGAGGCAACGACUCACAGAGCGCUGUCCAGCUUCUCCGCGAGAAGGGCUUUCACUCCACCAAGGACAUAGUCGGUGGCCUGCAGUCUUGGGCACAUGACGUCGAUCCUGAUUUCCCCGCAUACUAG